CUUAAAGCCAGCAGUAAACAUAAUGGCAGAAGACAACGUGGCUGGAGACUGGCGGAAGGCCGUCUCCUUCAGCGAGCGACUCAGCAACACCACCGAAAUUAUCUCAGCCUACAAGACGGUGAAUCCAGGGUGUCCAACCUCGGAAGCAUCAACACAAGCGAAAGCGAGAGAGGAACAAGCGCGAAGAGCGGCCACGUCUCUGGACGAGUACCACGAACUUGUGCGGCGAAACGUCUCCGAACUACUCGCAUCAGCCGUAACCACUCCGGCUGGGGAUCUCCAUACGAAUGAACACCACUUUCCCAACCUCCCGGCCUCGGGAGCAACCAUUGGGCGGUAUACCAACGCGGAACACUUUAAUGAUGGCCUCUUUUCCGAAGUCUUCCGUGCCCUUGAUCCAGACCUACCCCCUGAAGGUGGCAAGCUGAGGAUGGUAGCUUUGAAAGUCACGAAUCCAUCCAUCAUGCAACCACCUCAUGACGCGGUGCGGGAAGCACAGAUACUAGACAGAGCCGCACACGAGAACAUCAUUCUCCUGAUCGAGACGUUCCGACAGUCAGACGGAAUCUUUGUCCUCGUGUUUCCAUAUAUGCCUUUCAGUCUCGAUGCUUUGCUCGGGCAAAAGCGCUUCACUCCUCACAGUCGGAAAGCUAGUCUGAGAGACGUGUUCUCUGGACUGAAGCAUAUCCAUAGUUUGGGAAUCAUACAUCGGGACAUCAAGCCCUCCAACAUCCUCCUCGCAACACCUACUGGGCCAGCCUAUAUAGCAGACUUCGGCAUCGCCUGGUCUUCGACAGACUCCGAACCAGCAGAUUCCAAGAUCCUGGACGUGGGAACUACAUGCUACAGACCGCCGGAACUGCUUUUUGGCUACUCUUGCUAUGGGACUCAGCUAGAUAUGUGGGCUGCUGGCUGUGUCGCCGCACAGAUCCUAUGCCUAGAUGACAAGACACUUUUCGAUGCCGGAGAUCUGGGCAGCGAACUUGCAUUGAUCAAAAGUAUAUUCCAGUCUCUAGGGACACCAGAUUUAGGUACUUGGCCUGGAGCCGAGAAAAUGCCGGAUUGGGGCAAGAUGAACUUUACCAAGUAUCCCGGUAAGCAGUGGGUUGAGAUCCUGCGUGAUGCGAAAGAGCAGGAAAGGGAUCUUGUGAAGUCACUGGUCCAGUACGAGAGCUCGUGGCGACUGAGUGCUGAAGAGGCUUUGAGACAUCCGGCUCUCUCGUGGUGAUCGUGCUGACACUUCAACGACCCUUCCCGGCCACAAGCGCCCGUCGACCUAAUCACCGCUCUGCGUUCCGGCAGACACUGGACUUUCCUGCCACCAGAGAGCUCAGAAUGAUGCCCCAAUGUACGCCGCGUCCGACUGCCACAAGCAGCCCGUACAGCCAGUGUAAUGCGCUGGUACAAAGGUCACCUGAGCUUGAUCUCGCUGUCUGCACUUCAUUUCCCGGAGAACAUCGACAAGUAGACUGGCUCAGCAUGCAUCUUCCUCGACGCCGAGAACUAUAACUUGAGCACAUCCGCGAUCCUGUCGCGCCCACUUUCUAGGACCUUGCUCACUUUGGAGAAUGCGAAUCUAAAGCCAGAGUGUCUCAAUCUUGAGAACACUUGUGCACAAGCGAUAGAGAACGACUAUGACUAUGCUUGACCUGACACCUGCUGCAUUGGCAAGCCAGCAGUGUUGAGCUGUUCGAAGCUAUCAAGUCCACGUUCAGAUGGCACGACUGCAUGGAAGUCUGCUAUGCAUGUCUUGCGGAUGUGCAGAGUGAUGCCGAAGGACAAGCGGACGGUGCGUGAACAAGGCGAUAAGCAUACUCUGACCACGACGCUCCAACCGGGCGCCUCUGGCACUGGCAAUUUGGGUUGGCAGACUCUAGAUUUUAUUAUAUUAUACCGUAUUAGAUCUGCUGGCACUCACUAGCAACGGAGUGCAAUGACAUUCUCC